CGGGCGUCAGAUGCGCGGCGGCAGCCAGCGCGCCGGGGUACUGGCCUCGGCCGCGGAGUGACCGCGGGUGUUGUCCACGCCGCGUGGACCUACGUCUCCACCUUGCGUCCGCCACGGGGGCCACACCUGACGGGACCCAGGGCCCAGGCUCCAGCGCGCGGGCGCGCGGAUAGAGGAAAUUAGGGCGGUGGGGAUGGAGAAGGGGAAGGCGAUGGAGAAGGGGAAGGCGAUGGAGAAGGGGAAGGUGAAUGAGAAGGGGAAGGGGAAGGAGCCAGAGAAAGAGAAAAUUCGGGAAAAAGGAAAGGAAGAGAAAAAGACGGAGGUGGAGAAGGAGAAAAUUAAGGGAAAAGAGAAAGGAAAGGAGGAUAAUAGUAACUGUAAAGAGGAGGAAAAGAGGAAAGAGCGGGAGACCAAGAAAGAGAAGGAACAACUCAAGGGAAAAGAAGAGAAAGAGAAGAAGGACAACAGCGCCAUGACAAAGCCCCCACUGGAGCCGCCGGAGAAAAAUAAGCAGAUCCUUGUGUUGGGCCUUGAUGGAGCAGGAAAGACCAGCGUUCUGCACUCUCUUGCUUUAAACAGAGUCCAGCACAGUGUGGCACCCACCCAAGGUUUCAAUGCAGUAUGCAUCAACACCGAGGACAGCCAGAUGGAGUUUCUGGAGAUUGGUGGCAGUGAACCUUUCCGUUCCUAUUGGGAAAUGUACCUAUCCAGAGGAUUGCUGCUGAUCUUUGUGGUGGAUUCAGCUGAUCACAACAGAUUACCUGAAGCCAAGAAACACCUUCAUCAACUAAUUGAAACAAACCCAAUCCUUCCUCUGGUUGUAUUUGCAAACAAACAGGAUCUCGAAGCAGCCUAUCGUAUUACAGAUAUCCAUGAAGCGUUGGCAUUGUCUGAGGUGGGAAAUGACAGGAAGAUGUUCUUGUUUGGAACCCAAGUGACUGAGAACGGCUCAGAAAUACCCUCCGUUAUGCAAGAUGCCAAAGACUUGAUUGCACACCUGGCUGCAGAUAUGCAGUGACCACGCCCAGACCCACUGUGCAGCUGUCAAUCUAAAUCUCACUAGGGACUGUCGAGUGACAGGUUUGAAGCCGAAGGUUUCCUCUGUCAAAUAAAAAAAUAAGCCAUUUCCUAUUUUCUUAAUGCAUGACAUAUAUAAAGGAUAAUGUUAAUUGAUUAGGAGCCUCUCUGUGUUUAGAUUUCAAACUUUAAAAAUAUUGGUAAAAUAAUAUAUUUGGGGGGAUUUGGAUUUUCACCAACAAAAUUAAAGUGAACAUUAGUAAGCAUUCAAACCAUUUGUAGUUUUUCGAUGGCAUGAGAUUUAUAGUAAAAUAUUUUAAUAAACUACCUACCUCUUUUCAAGUAAAAA